GCGCGUGCCACCAUGGCUGCUGUUCUCCGGAGCGGAUCAGUUCGUGAAGCCCGUCACGAACAACUUUGCAUUCCCUUCCGUCACACUUCCAUCCCGCGUGACGGUGGAGCAGGACACCGUCGGUGGCGUCCCCGGGGAGUGGCACAUCCCAGAGGACGCAAACAGCCAUGUGGACAAUUUGCUUGUUUGGGCUCAUGGUGGUGGCUUCAUGUUUUGCUCACCUGGGACACAUCGGCUUUUCCUGAGCCGUUCCGAGGUGGCAGAGCGAUCGCAAUGUGCGAUCUUCUGCCCAAACUAUCGGAAACCUCCCAAACAUCCCUUUCCCGAGCCGCUCUCGGACGUGUGGAAGAGCUACGAGGUUCUCCGGAGCCGCAACACGCAGCAAGACGUCUACGUAGGAGGCGACAGUGCGGGUGGCAACCUGGCACUGGAAGUCGCACGCCGGGCCUGCGCAGAACAGGUAUCCACUCAUCUGCAAAAGGUGGCAGGUGUCUUGCUACUCAGCCCUUGGGUCGACCUGGCGGACAACACGUCCGACUCAUGGUUCCAAUAUGAGGAGGUAGAUUUCCUACCGCGACAGCAAGCGCGUGCUGUUGCAAAGAUCUAUGCCUCGACUUGGCCUCUGGAGGAUCCAGCCAUUUCGCCUGUGCGGCAUGAGACGUGGCCCUCCAACUUUCCUCCUGUUCAUUUGGAGUAUGGUGGCUCUGAAGUAUUUCGCGAUCAAAUCGAGAGGCUGGUCGACGCCUUGAGAGAAAAUCGCGUCGAGCUAAGCAUGCACCUGGAGGAGGGCCAAAUCCAUUGUUAUCCAUUGCUCGACUUCUUGGCACCUCAGGUUCCGGAGAUGUCAGAAGGCUUUCUAUCAAGGACGGCAAACUUCUUAAAUAGAAGGACAUUCGAGAAGCGU